AUGUCCAUGUCUUCCAGCCUGCUGUCCGGCGCCCUGUUCAUGAGCCAGUCUUGGAGGCAGCGCUGUCUGGGCGAUCAGUAUGAGGUCGUGGAAGAAACCGAGGAGCUCCUCGAGUGGCGCCUCAUGUUUCCCAUUCGCGACAUUAUCCAGUUCCACCAACGAGAUGCCCCUGCUCCCAAAUCAGUGGAAUUCCGCAUACCUCAAACUGACGCAGACGAACGUCCCUUUCUGGACCGUUCCUUGGAGCGCCACGCGAACGAGCGCCAUGAGGACGGUCCCUUUGAGGAUGAUGUGCGGAGGUUGCGGGACUCCGCAUUGGACUUGUUCAACGCGCGCGUGGCAGACGACCUGGACGAGCUGACGGGGGAAGCUCCACCACAGCCGCGGUCAGGCCCGCAGUCCGGCUCGGGGCGGCAGUCUCGACAGUUGCCCGUGAGGGGACUGAGUUUAUUCCAGACAACGGCCCCGACGGACCUGCGUCGUGCGAGGAGUGCACUGCAUCAGACGAUCCAGGUGGACAGCAGAAGGGCGGUACACUUCCCGGCGUCGCCUUCCUCGCCGCCUCCCUCUCCGACGGUGCACUUUCCCGGGGAAGUGGCGAGCCCGAACGAUCGUUCGGAGGAAAGCGAAGAAGAAGACAGUGACCCCGACAGUCGCCGCAGCUACGGACGCACCACCCGGAAGGCGGUGUGGUCUGUGGGCUCCGACUCAGGAGGACUUGACAGCGGUCUCGCGCGGCAUUUGGAGCGCAGCACUUUCGCUCGCACACGGCCGCGGCUCGCGACCCAACGGCGUCAUCCACUAGGCAGCCAUCCCUUGGACGCCUCAAGCUCGGCCGACUCCAGCUUUUGGCAGCCUUCCAUCCAUACCGCCUCUGACUCGAGUCCCGACGAAAACAGGAGCCACGAAAACAGGAGCCACGGAAACAGGAGCCACGAUAUCAAGGCCGAGAGCCACAGAGACAGAGACGUAAACCACAGAGACGGGGGACAGUCCCCAGAGCCCUUUGGCGACUUGAUCAAGGCCAAUCUUCAAACGUUGGGCAAAGUCGAGUGCAAAAUUCAGGAACUACAGGACGCCGCGCGAAUUCCCCUCGCUGAAGAGAAGUGGGUCACUUCAAUCAAACAGUCGCCGCAGGCAAUCCGUCGCCGCAUCCUUAUUAGUGCCGGCACACCCUCUACGGCCGUCUCUCAUGCAGCGUCUCCCGCCGCCCUCUCGACCGCCGCCAUCUCGGCUACCGCCAUGUCGACCUCCCCCACCGCCAUUUCGGCCUCCCCCACCGCGCUCUCGGCCCCCCCCUCCGCCCUCUCGCCAGCCGUCGAGUUAGCCGCGGUCUUGUCGGCCGCGAUUCAGUCGUACUCGCCCGCCGCGGUUCAGUUCCCGACGGUGGCCGAGUCGUUCACGCCGAAGGCUCAAGCCACGUCGGGUGCUUUGGCACAGGAGGCCGGUUCCGUCCGCGCCGCGGGCCAUAGUCCCACGCGACUGGGGAAGGAGAUCCGGCUUGCGGCGGACGAUGCGCGCGCGCAUGGACCGGUUCCGCCAGGCGUACCCUGGACCUACCACCUGUGUCUGUUGCUCAGCAUCUUUCUGGGUGAAUGCACCUGGGCUGGCGCCUCUUGCCAGGAAGGGGUCUCGGGGGCGGAAAUGGUGAGGGCGGAAGCCGAUGGUGAAGAAGACAUGGCCUGGGACGAGGUGAGCGGCAGGGGGAGCGUCAAGCCCAAGAUACCGCCACUCAGGACGCCGGCCCUCAGGACGUCUGUGUUCCGCACAUCUGAGCUGCGGACCCCGCCGCUGGUCUCGGCGGUGCACGCCCAGAUCCGGUCGCAAGUGCUCGCACCAGCGCUCGAGACGCAAAAUGGAGCCGAGGCGGAGUCCCGAGCCUUCAUGAGUCAGGAUUGGCCGAGACCGAACGUGGCGCUGAGGCAGGAGGGUAUCUUCGCACGGGCCACCACCUUGGACAGCCGUUCGGUACGUCUCUUGCGCACAUUCCGUUCGCUUGCCCUUGUCGACGCGGCUCUGGUGACAAUCCCGGGGGACGGAGUCCUGGCAGCGGAUAUAGACUUGGCGGAGGACACACCGCAGGGCGCAAAAGGUCGGCACGCAGUUGCCGGCUGGUUCAGUGGUUCUUUAAAACAGAUCAAGUGGGCUAGCAAGCUCCCAGCCAGUCUGUCGCUGAAGAACUUGGCCCUCAAGACUGCCUGGCUCCGGAAGCGUCUGACGUCUGUAGGGACGGUUGUAUUGCCGGCAGACGACUUCCUGGCGAACAUGCUCACCAAAAUGGCCCCCGCGCACACGUGUGCUGCGCCGUUUGUUGAGUUGCGUCCUUGCGGGGAUGUGGUCAAGGUGGAGUUCAAAAGUGGUCUUUACCGAACAGCGGUCCUGGCGGUACAGUUUACGAAGCUGUGCUUGCUACGCGUGCCGCGUUGGCUAUGUCGCAAGACGUACGGGUGCGCAAAGAACUUCCGCGCCACGUUCAGUCUAAUCAACCGCAAGAUCGAACGUUUACUGUUGCCAGUACCGGCGGCUACUACGGGUGCGACUACUACCCCUGCGGUGGGUGUGGCUACUACGGGUGUGGCUACUACGGGGGGGACUACUAGGGCGAUGACUCCUACGGGAGGGACUACUACGGGGAGGACUACUACGGGGGGGAUUGUUGCUGUGACUACUACGGUUGCAACUGCCCCUGCGGGUGCUACGGCUGUAUUGGAGAGCGGCGAGGGUCAGGUGUCGAGUGGAGCGCCGCAUACUUUGAGCGCGCAAGUUUCGGAACGGUUGUCUGCAGACACGAGUUUGAUCCAGCUGUCGUCGGAGAGUGAGUGUUCACCGAGUGCGUGCUCGUCAAGCACGGGCGAAGCGGGUGCGAUAAACCGGCUUGUGGCGAACUUGGUAAAUCGCCGUCAGAAGAAUGACCACCGCUCCCGGAAUCAUAUGAACCGAAUGGAGCUUACGCCCAUGACCGUCGCAGACCAGCAAUUGACCAUAGGACUCUUCGCCCUUAUGAUGGUCCUCAUGCUACCCAUGGCCGUCGUCAUGGAUUGGUGGUUCGCAGAAAUACAGUGGGGCCCCCCUGAUGUCAGCUGGAUUCUAACCGCGCAUGACCAAUUACGUAUCAUCGACUACUCCGACGUACACUGGAUCGACAGCAUGACUGCAUACUCCUUCUUCGCCUGUGCAGCAGCACAACAUGCACCCGUCUGGACCCACCAAUACUUUUUCCCGCCCUGA